UAGUUGAACAAACUCCAACUCUCUCACCCACUCCUUUCUUUUUUAGUUUGUUUCUCUCUCUCUCUUUUGUUCUCUUCUGUUUGUUCCUUCCACCUCAUUUUCUUGUUCUCAUCCUCAAAAAUCAUGACUCCAAGUUUCUCCUACACAUCCCUUCACAGAAUCUUCCUCACUUUCAUUCUAUUAGCAACUCAAACCUUCUCUCUCGAUACAAAGUUUAAGGCCUGUGAGCCCAAAUCAUGCGGCAAAGGUCCCGAGAUCUCCUUUCCAUUCUACCUAUCAGGCAAGCAACAACCCUUUUGCGGCUAUCCAAGCUUCGAACUCACUUGCGACGAUGUCCUAGAGCUCCCUGUUCUCGGGAUCGCCGGUGAGAGUUACCUCAUCAAGAACAUGUCAUACGAGAAACAACGGCUACAGGUCGUGAACUCAAGGUCGUCUCACGAUCCAUGUCCGAGCCCUAUGCAUAAUCUUACCCUCCACAGGACUCCUUUCUCGGUGAUCCCCUCUGAUAUCAAUUUCUCCAUCCUCUACAAUUGCUCUGGCAACCUGUGGGAGGAUUUCACCACAUACCCUCUUACUUGUUCUGGCAGCAGCAACACGAGUCUUCGAUCUUUCGGGGUCUUCCAGAGGAAAAUUACUCCGGGAACAGAGAUUACUUUUGCGUCCGGAUCGUGCCAGAAGCAAGUCGAUGUUCCUGUUUCAGCUAGUGUCGAGUCUGAUGUGCACCUGUUUUUAACAAUGACUUACGCCGAGAUUUUGAAGAGAGGUUUUGCUAUGAACUGGACUGCGCACAGUUGCGUCCGAUGCAAUAGCAGUGGCGGGCGGUGUGGAACUGAUGAUAAGGAGUUCGUUUGCUUGUGUCCUGAUGGACCUAGCAUUCAUAAUACUUGCAGGAAGGGUAACCAAGUGCUGCAUCAACGUCUUAUUGAUUCUCUCACUCUGUCCCACGUAGGUGUUGUAGCAGUAACAGUGGGAUUAGCGGUAGCGAGCAUAGGUUGGUUUGUGUACCAUCGUAGAAAAACAAAAAGCUACAGAACUUCUUCAACGUUGCUUCCAAAAAACAUAUCCUCAGAACCAUCUUCAAAGUCUUCAGACAUUGAGAAAGCAGAGGAGUUAUUAGUAGGUGUUCGUCUUUUCUCGUACGACGAACUCGUAGAAGCCACCAGUAACUUCGACCCAUCUAAAGAACUAGGUGAUGGAGGCUUUGGUACUGUCUACUACGGCAAGCUUAAAGAUGGAAGAAGCGUAGCCGUCAAACGGUUGUACGAUAACAACUUCAAAAGAGCAGAGCAAUUCAGGAACGAGGUUGAGAUUUUAACGGGAUUACGCCAUCCAAACCUCGUGUCUCUCUUUGGAUGCUCGUCUAAACAGAGUCGGGAGUUGUUGCUAGUGUACGAGUAUGUUGCAAACGGCACGUUAGCUGAUCAUCUACAUGGUCCACAGGCUAAUCCGAGCUCGCUUCCUUGGUCCAUCCGGCUCAAGAUCGCUGUUGAAACAGCCUCUGCUUUGAAGUAUCUCCACGCCUCCAAGAUCAUCCACCGUGAUGUUAAGUCCAAUAACAUCCUACUCGACCAAAACUUUAAUGUCAAGGUUGCGGAUUUUGGACUUUCAAGACUGUUUCCAAUGGAUAAAACACACGUAUCAACCGCUCCACAAGGAACUCCAGGCUAUGUUGAUCCAGAUUACCAUCUAUGCUAUCAACUCUCCAAGAAAAGCGACGUGUACAGCUUCGCGGUAGUGCUGAUGGAGCUUAUCUCCUCGCUUCCAGCCGUAGACAUCACAAGAACGCGCCAAGAGAUCAAUCUCUCGAACAUGGCAGUCGUUAAAAUACAGAGCCACAAACUCCACGAAAUGGUGGACCCUUCCCUCGGGUUUGACACGGAUACAAGGGUGAAAGAGACGGUCAUCGCAGUCGCUGAGCUUGCGUUCCAAUGCUUGCAGUCAGAUAAAGAUCUUAGGCCGUGUAUGUCCCACGUGAUGGAGACGUUGACGAGGAUACAGAACAAUGGGUUUGGUGGUUCGAAUAUGGAUGAUAGAGAUAAGAGUGGACCGUUGGCUGUACAGUCUCCUAAUAGUGUAAUAGUGAAAUGGGACAGUAAGUAAAUUAGUCACGCAGACACUAACAUUUAUAUGUGUUUGUCAGUAUGUUUAAAAUUAUUAACUGAACAGUUAGAGAUUGGUGUUUGUGUUCUGUAAUAGAUGAUACUUUUUGGGAAUGUAUAUAUGAUCUGAGUUUCAUAAAUAAAUACAAUGUCCAUAGUUGAUAGA